UAAAUUUAUGUAACACAUUUUGUAAACGACACGACAUACAAAAUUUAAAACGUGAUAAACGUUGCACUUACGUUAUCAGUGAAAUAAUUAUUUAUUCGAUGUACUGAUAACAUUAUUUGGUUGUACCGAUUGCAAAUGCUAUUCAAAAUUUGUUGCCGUCAAUAAUAUUGCCCGGUAAUGUUAAUACGUUUUAAUGUUUUUGGUUCAUUAUCGACUUUUAGAAGACGAAUACAAGAACAAAGAAAUAUGUACAAACAUUUAUAGCAAAAGCUUAUAAAAUCUUAAUUACUAUCCAUUUGACAAAAAAAAAAAAUAGCAAACACCUAAUUAUGAACGUUUUGUUUAAUUUUUCAUUUAUGCUAUUAUUGCUCCAUCGAUACGGCUCAUGUUCACGGCACUAUGAUAGGAAUCGACUCCAACAGCUGAGAUUGGAAGUAAAGGAAAUGUUUGAACAUGCCUAUCAUGGUUAUAUGGAUUAUGCAUACCCUUAUGAUGAGUUACGUCCAUUGACUUGUGAUGGCGUAGAUACCUGGGGCAGCUAUUCGUUAUCGUUGAUUGAUGCACUAGAUACACUCAUCGUAAUGGGUCUUCAUGAUGAAUUUAAUAAGGCAGUUGACUACAUAAAGUUCAAUGUUUCAUUUGAUGCUGAUAUUAAUGUAUCAGUUUUCGAGACAAAUAUACGAGUUGUUGGUGGAUUGUUAAGUGCCCAUAUGUUAUCUCAUAGAGCCACCGACAAUUUAGAAAUAGGAUGGCCAUGUAAUGGACCACUGUUGCGCAUGGCUGAAAAUGUAGCAAGAAGAUUAUUACCAGCAUUUAACACUCCUACUGGUAUGCCUUAUGGAACAGUUAAUCUUCGUUCUGGUGUACCUGAAGGUGAAACAACAGUAACUUGUACCGCAGGAGUUGGCACAUUUAUUUUAGAAUUUGGAACACUAUCUCGACUUACUGGUGAUUUAAUAUUUGAACAGGUAGCCCUAAAAGCUCUCCAUUCAUUAUUCAACCAUAGAUCUAAAAUGGGAUUAAUGGGUAACCAUUUGGACGUGGCCUCUGGGCAAUGGAUUGCUCACGAUUCAGGCAUUGGUGGUGGAAUUGAUUCUUAUUUUGAGUAUUUAGUUAAAGGUUCUUUGUUAUUUAACUUACCUCACCUAAGAAAAAUGUUUGAUGAGUUAAAAAAACCUAUUGAUAAAUACUCAGCAACUUCUUCAGGGUGGUAUUUUUGGGUAAACAUGCAAAAGGGUCAAGUAACAAUGCCCGUAUAUCAAUCAUUGGAAUCAUAUUGGCCAGGACUUUUAAGUUUAAUUGGAGAAAUAGAUUCUGCUAUGAAAUCUAUGUCAAAUUACCAUGAUGUACUUAAAUUGUAUGGAUUUACUCCCGAAGUAUAUAAUGUUCUAAACCAUGAAGCUGCUAGGGAUUCAUUUCCAUUACGUCCUGAACUGGUUGAGUCUACCAUGUAUUUAUACAAGGCAACUAAUGGAGAUCCUUAUUUAUUAGACAUUGGAAGUGAUAUUCUACGGUCUAUUCAACACAGUAGCCGUACACGUUGUGGAUAUGCUACGAUUAAAAGUUGUAAAAAACACACACUUCAAAAUAGGAUGGAGUCAUUUUUCCUCGCAGAAACUACGAAGUAUCUAUACCUGCUAUUUGAUCCCGACAACUUUAUACACAAUGAUGGACGACAUGGUAAAGUUUGGAAUACAGCUGGUGGUCGUGAAUGCAUAAUUGACUCUGGUGGAUACGUCUUCAAUACUGAAGCCCAUCCGAUCGAUCCUGGAAUGUUGUUUUGUUGUUACACAGCUGACAACAAUGAUUGGUCUCAAGAUCAAAAUUCUAAUUUUCAACGUACCGUAAAGUCAUCAAUAGAAGCUGACCACAUUAAAAAAUCAUAUAAACCAGAAAGUACUAAAUCAACGUCGGGAGCGAGUGAUGGCGGCUUGGUCAGCGGUCAUCGGUUCACCAUGGACGACAGCAGUGUGUAUUGGACGCAACAGGCUCAUGAUGACCAACGACCGCAGUUCAAAAACGACCACCAUCGACCAGCAACCGCUUCAUCAGCGACCGACGAGUCGAUGCCGGUGGUACAGUCGUUGCGUCCGCCGCCGGUGCAGUCUCCGUCGUCACAGCAGUCAAUCUACCAAACGGAUGACCAGUUGGAUAGGCGGCGACAGCAGCAGCUCGACGAGGAUCAAGACGGUGGCAAAUCGUUCCUUUCGUUCCGGAAAACCGAGGACGCGACCGUGUCGACCGUUGCAGUGGACGACGACCUGAACUGUUUCGAGAUUUCCAUAGACUCCAUGGACGAGAAAGGUGUUAGUCAGUCGAAAAAUUCGAUGAAAUGUGCGAACAAGGGAAACCCGCGACUCAGCGACGAAGAGGAACUCCGGCGAAGGGCUGAGGAGAUACCCGAGGAUAACAAGUACUAUUUUCACUACCACAAUGACUUCGACCACGUUGAAAAUGAAGCCAAUGAUAACGAACCGGAUUGGAAGGUCAAGCAACACUGGUGGACGGACGACAAACAGCACCAGCAGGAAGGUAGCAGCGAGGACUAUCACGUACUUACGUGCAACGCACCGAAUAACCUCUACACGUAUUUCCGUUGGUGACGGUUAAUUUGUGAUUGUUUAAAUGUUUUAUAUAAGAGUUUUUUGUUGGACUUUUGAUAAAAUAUAUAUAUUAUUUAUUGUUACGUCAAAAUGUGCCUAUGCAUUAUACUAUUUUCCGAUGACGGAAGUUAUAAAAAUGGAUUCAUGCUGUUGUGCGCGCUUUUGAUUACCGCACAACUUUAUUGUUAUUUUGUUUUCUAGUAGAAUGGUAUGGGUUCGUAAGAACAAAUAUCUGUUAUUCUUAAUAAAAGUUAGAUUUAUUUUAUUUG